CAUGACUUUUUUAAUAGUUGUAUGCAUCUAAAAACAUAUAUACCGUACAUACAUAUAUAUCUAAUGUACAUAUAACAUACAUAUACAUAUACACACAUAUACAUACACAUAUACAUAUAACACCCUAUUGGUGGUAUGUGUCUUCCUCAGUCUUGGGUCAUUUACAUACAUCUCCAUAUUCCACAAAAAAAAAAAAAAGAAUUCAACCCUAACCUUAAUCAACUUCCCUUUUUUUAAAAACAGGAACUUACUGAUGUCAGAGUGAUUCUGAGAACAAGAAUCUAUAUUCUCUACAACUGUGUUUUUACAAUUUCACUCAAACAACAUUUUCCUUGAGGCCUGAUAAGAUAAUGAGAAAAUAAAAUGGAAACCAUUCUAGGAUUUAGUCACAUGAGCUGGCUCAUUGUGUUAUGCUCUACAUUACAUGUUGCUUUUCAAAAGGAGAAACGAGCUACAGAAUGCAAGCCCCAGCCUCCACUGCUGCUGCCGCCACCAUGCCAGCCAAGAGGAAACUGGUGUCGCUGGCCCUCAACGUCACCCCACCAUCGCUGAGGGACUCAGCCCCACUGGAGGUGGCGAGUGCAAUGGCUCCAAGUAUGAAUGGAACAUCUGUUGAAAACUUUUCCUGUAUUGUUCGCUCAUAUAUAUUUAAGAAUCCUACUAUGAAUUGUACUUGGAAUGCUGGCACAAAUGCUCCUUCAGACACCCAGUAUUUUAUGUACUUAGCUUACCACAAGGCUACAGAUAACGAGUGUCCACAUUACAUAAGUAAUAUGCAUAGAAGACACAUUGGUUGCUACUUCCCUGAUGUGAUAGUAAAUAAAUAUCGUGUGAAUAUUACAGUAAAUGGAUCAAGCACAAAAUCUCCAAUUCAAUCGUAUGUUGAUGAUUUCCGACUUUAUAAAAAAGAACAGCUUCAACCUCCCCAAAAUAUUACUGUGGAUUAUAAAUCACCAUUAUAUUAUAGAAUCCAAUGGGAACCUCCUCCAAGCUCUCGUAAAGUUGGAAGGGAAUGCUUUGAGUUCCAAAUAAAG